AUGGGUAGUUCAAGCUCUGCAGAAACAUGUAUACUUGUUUUUACCCUUCUAUUCUCAUCAGUUUCAUGGGCUGCUUCAAGUUCAGUCCAUCAAAACUUUCUGCAAUGUCUUACCCUUAAUUCAAACUCCUCAACCCCUAUCACAAAAGUCCUAUACACCCCAAAAAACUCAUCAUAUGAAACUGUAUUGGAUUUCUCCAUUCAGAACCUCAGAUUCACAUCCUCUUGCACCCCAAAACCACAGAUUAUAGUUACACCAUUGCAUGUGUCCCACAUCCAAGCAGCUGUUAUUUGCUCCAAGAAAUAUGGCUUGCAGAUCAGAGCCCGGAGUGGUGGCCAUGACUACGAGGGUCUCUCAUACGUCUCUGAAGUCCCUUUCAUCAUCGUUGAUUUGCUGACACUUCGAUCCAUCAAUGUUGAUGUUGAAGAUGGCAGUGCUUGGGUAGAGGCUGGUGCAACUCUGGGUGAAGUUUAUUACAGCAUUGCCAAUAAAACUGCGACUCAUGGCUUCCCUGCAGGCAUCUGCCCCACUGUAGGAGUCGGUGGGCACUUAAGUGGAGGGGGUUACGGGACAUUGUUGAGAAAGUAUGGCCUAGCAGCUGACAAUAUAAUCGAUGCUUACAUUGUUGAUAGCAAUGGUACACUUCUCAACAGAGAAUCCAUGGGAGAAGACUUGUUUUGGGCUAUUAGAGGUGGUGGAGGAGCAAGCUUUGGAAUCAUCGUCUCAUGGAAAAUCAAACUUGUGCCUGUCCCAUCCACUGUGACCGUCUUCAGAGUUACCCGCACCUUAGAACAAGAUGCAGAGAAGAUACUACUUAAAUGGCAGCAAGUGGCUCAUAAGCUCCAUGAAGACCUCUUCAUCAGAGUCUACUUACAGGCUGUGAAUGGCAGCCAAGAAGGGGAGAGGACGAUAAGCUCUACAUACGAAUCUCUAUUUCUUGGUAACACCAGUGGACUGCUCUCGCUAAUGAACGAGAGCUUCCCUGAGCUGGGGUUAGCGGCCGAGGACUGCAAUGAAACAAGUUGGAUAGAGUCGGUGCUUUACUUUACAGGCUUCUCUGGACAACCUCUUGAUGUUUUGCUCAACAGGAGUCAAACAUCCAAGAACUAUUUCAAGAAUAAAUCAGACUUUUUGAAGGAACCCAUUCCCGAAACUGGGCUGCAAGGGAUAUGGAAGUUGUUCUACCAAGUAAAAAAUGCAACGGCAUUGAUGAUCAUAAGCCCAUAUGGUGGAAGGAUGAAUGAGAUUCCAGAAACUGAAACCCCUUUCCCACACAGGAAGGGAAGCUUAUAUUCAAUCCAGUACGUAGUCGCCUGGCUAGAGGAAGGAGAAGAGGUGUCAAAAAGGCAUAUAUAUUGGACAAGAAAGCUCUACAAGUUCAUGGCUCCAUAUGUUUCCAAGUCUCCAAGAGCUGCAUAUCUCAACUAUAGGGACCUUGAUUUGGGAAGGAAUAAGAACGGCAACACAAGCUAUGCACAAGCCAGCAUUUGGGGCCUCAAGUACUACAAGAUCAACUUCAAUAGAUUGGUCCAAAUCAAAACCAAGGUAGAUCCAAGUAACUUCUUCAGGAAUGAACAAAGCAUCCCUCCUCUUUCAUCAUGGUGGAAGAAUUGAAAUUAAGAGACUAGAGGCACCUUGGCCAGUGGCCCAAACUAAUUCCUUUAUAAAGUUUUAUCUCAUUGGCAAAACAGGCGGUAAUAAGCAGCUUGAUGCAUACUAAAUAAACAUAUGUGCUAACUGUAAUAAUGCAUUGUAUUGAUUUGUAAGAAAUUAUAAAUAAAUAAAAAAUAUCAAGCAAUGUGUUUAUUCUUUUCAA